CCGGGUCAUCAGGUACCGGAUCGUCUGGCUCGACAGCAGGCAUCGGGUCACCAGGCAUGACAGCGGGCACUGGGUCAUCAGGCAUUGGAUUGUCUGGCUCGACAGCAGGCAUCAGGUCACCAGGCAUGACCGCAGGCACUGGGUCAGACAUUGGAUCGUCUGGCACGACAGCGGGCAUCGGGUCACCAGGCAUGACAGUGGGCACCGGGUCAUCAGGUACCGGAUCGUCUGGUUCGACAGCGGGCACCGAGUCGUCUGGCAAGACUGCGGGCACCGAGUCGUCUGGCAAGACUGCGGGCACCGAGUCGUCUGGC